AGUACUUAGACAGAAAUUCAUAGCAUUACAUCCAUAUACUAAAAGAGAAAUCUGCUCUGCAACAGACUACAUCAAGAGAAUUAGAAGACAGACCUGGCUAGGUGGCUCAGUUGGCUGUAACAUCAUCCUGUACACCGAAAUAUUGCAGGUUUGAUUCCUAGUCAAGGCACAUAGCUAGGUUGUGGGUUCGAUCCCUGUUGGGGCACAGGAGGCAACCAAUUGGUGUUUCUCUCGCAUAUUGAUUUUUUACUCUCUCUCACUUCCUCUCUCUAAAAUCAAUAAAAACAUAUCCUCAGGUGAGGAUUAAAAAGAAGAAGAAGCAAAGAGAAUUAGAAGACAAGCCACAGACUGGGAGAAAAUAUUUGCAAAAGAUAAAUUGGAUAAGGGAUUAUAAAACCUAACAAUAGGAAAAUAACCCAAUUAAAAAGAUGCUUAACAUCAUAUGUCAUCAGGAAAAUAUAAAGUAAAACAAGUGAAAUACCACUACAUACCUAUUACAAUAGCCAGAGUCCAGAGCACUGACAAUAGCAAAUGCUGGUGAGGAUGUGGAACAAUAGGAAUUCUCAUUCAUUGCUGGUGGGAAUGUAAAAUAGUGCAGCCACUUUGGAAGAUAGUUUGGCAGUUCCUUACACACUAACAUACUCUUACUAUAUGACCUAGUAAUCACACUCCUUGGUAUUUAUUCAAAUGAAUUGAAAACUAUGUCCAAAAAUCUAUACUUGGAUGUUUAUGGUCUUUUAUUCAUAAUUGCCAAAACAUGGAAGCAACCAAGAUGUCCUCCACUUGGUGAAUGGAUAAAAAAAAUCUGUGGUACAUCCAGACAAUGGAAUAUUAUUUAGUGCAAGAAGGAAAUGAAUUAUCAAGCCAUGAGAAAACAUGGAGGAAACUUAAAUGCAUGUUAUUAAAUGAAAGUAGCUAAUCUGAAAGGCUACAUAGUCGGAAAAAAAAAUAUGGAGAGAAUAAAAAGAUCAGUGGUUGCCAGAAAGGAUAGGGGGCUUGCGGAGGACACGAAUCAGUAGAGCACAGGAUUUUUAGGAGAGUGAAACUACUUUAUAUGAUAUUAUAAUGAUGGGUAUAUGUCAUUAUACCUUUGCCCAAAUCCAUGGAAUGUACACCACCAAGAAUGAAUCCUAAGGUAAACUAUGGACUUUGGCUGAUUAUGAUGCAUCAAUGUAGGUUCAUCCUUGGUUAUGUACCAAGAAACAGAAUAUACCAUUCUGGUGAGUGAUGUUGAUAAUGGGGAGACUAUGCAUAUGUGAGAGGUGGAGAAAUAUGGGAAAACUCUGCACUUUCCUUUUAAUUUUUUUUUAUAAACCUAACAUUCUCGAAAAAUAGUUUUAAAAAAAUUAAAAAGAAGGAAGACCUAAAAUCACUAACCUGAGCUUCCACUGUAGGAAACUAGAAAAAGAUGCGCAAAUUAAAUCUUAAAGUAAGAGAAAGAAGUAAAAAAUAAAAAUUAGAGCAGAACUCAGUGAAAUUGAAAACAAGUAAUUAAUAGGGAAAAUCAAUGAAACAAAAAACUGGUUCUUUGAAAAGAUCAAUAAAAUUGAAUAGCCUCUAGCGAGGCUAACCAAGAAAAACAGAGAAGGCACAAAUUACCAAUAUCAGAAAUGAGAGAGGAGCCAUCACUACUGAUCUCACGAACAUUAAAAGUAUAAUAAAAGAAUAUUAUGAACUCUGUACUCACAAAUUUGAUAGCCUAGAUGAAAUGGACCAAUUCCUUAAAAGAUCUAAACUAUCAAAACUCACAGUAGGAGAAAUGAUAAUACGAAUAGGCCUACUAUUAUAUGUGUUAAAGAAAUCAUUUGGUACAAACCCCUCAUUUUACAGAUGGAGGAACAAAAAGGCCUAGCGAAAGAGGGGAGUGAUUUAUCUGAGAAUUCACAGUAAUAUACGCACUUGCAGAGGCUGGGCUAGAAAAGACCCUUGGGCCAUUGAAUAUACCUGAAACUUAGAGUUGGGAGGGACCUUAGUGAUUACCUAGGACAGUGGUCAUCAAACUCAUUAGUCAACAGAGCCAAAUGUCAACAGUACAACGAUUGGAAUUUCUUUUGAGAGCCAAAUUUUUUUAACUUAAACUAUAUAGGUAGGUACAUUGUUAUUAACUUAAUUAGGGUACUCCUAAGGCUUAUGAAGAGCCACACUCAAGGGGCCAAAGAGCCGCAUGUGGCUCGCGAGCCGCAGUUUGCCGACCACGGACCUAGGAGGUUUGGGCAUCACUUCAAGAUUGUGGGUUGAGAGAAUAGAAGGAAUGUAAGUGUGUGUGAGUGUGUGUGUGUGUGUGUGUGUGUGUGCAUGCACAUGCGCAUGGCAUAUAAAGCUGUGUAUAUCAGAAAGGAUGUGACUGUGGGAAACUCGCAGGGGUGUGUAUGCGUGCAAACGUAGGAAGUGUACUAGUGUACUGGAGGUGUGUGGAAUGGUUGUCCAGUGGAGUCUGUGAAAGCUGUCCUGUUUGGGCCCACACCAGGAAAUCCAGCUGUGCUUCCUGGAUGCUUCUGAUCGGCUUCCUAAUGGACAUGGCAGUCAGGACAAUCACCAGGCACCUCAAUAUCUGCUCCAAAUCCGGAGCUGAGCUGAAUGACUUCGCUGUCUUCACCACCUUUGGCCUGGCCUCAGCCCUGCUCCUAGGCGUGGAUGGGCCUCUGAAUGGGUUCCUGGCCAUCAUCUAUGUGUUAGCUGCUUCUUUCCGCCUGUGUUUUUAUUCAGCUAGCGGCCUUUCCUUCACAUACAAGGGUCUACCCUGCCCCUAUGCUUCCUGUGUUCUGGCCUCCACCUCCCUUCUGACCAAAGGCAACACGUUCAUUCUCUCCUGCAUGGCCUCACUUAUGAUUCUAUUCAUGAUGGACCAGAGCUACUACCCACAUGAUGAAAUCCUGGAAUCUGAGAAUUGGAAAAAAAUAGUUUAUCUUGGAGGUGUCAUCAUACUGUUUUUUUCUCCAUUCUCAAUAAUUGCUUUUUAUUGCCUGAUGUGGUCUCUCUCCUACAUCUUCUUUCCAGAUGUUCUGUGGGGCAAGACAGAGUGUCUUAGGCAAGAAGCGCAUCUAAGAAACUAAACAGCUCUUCCCACUC